AUGAAUGGAACACCAAUUGUCCUUGAUCAAGGUACUGGUUUUGUAAAAAUUGGCAGGGCCGGAACUAAUUUUCCCGACUAUACUUUCCCUUCAAUUGUUGGAAGGCCAAUAUUAAGGGCUGAAGAACGAAAUGUGUUACUUCCAAGCGACAUUGAAAUUAAAGAUAUAAUGUGUGGCAGUGAGGCAAGUGAAGUUAGAUCCUUGCUUCAGAUAAGCUAUCCUAUGGAAAAUGGUAUAAUUAAGAAUUGGGAAGAUAUGGAGCAUUUGUGGGACUAUGCGUUCUACGAAAGAAUGAAAGUCAACACCCUGGGUGAGAAAGUAUUAUUAACAGAACCUCCAAUGAACCCAUUGAAGAACAGGGAGACUAUGUGUGACGUUAUGUUUGAAAAGUAUCAAUUUGGUGGCGUAUACGUUGCAAUUCAAGCAGUUUUGGCUUUGUAUGCUCAGGGUCUCAGUUCAGGAGUUGUGGUCGAUUCUGGUGAUGGCGUGACUCACAUUGUUCCUGUUUAUGAGUCUGUCGUCUUAAAUCACUUAACAAAGAGAUUGGACGUUGCUGGGAGAGACGUUACUAGGAAUUUGAUCAAUCUUUUGUUACGUAGAGGAUACGCAUUCAACCGGACAGCUGACUUUGAAACAGUUCGGUGCAUCAAGGAAAAGCUUUGCUAUGUUUCCUAUGAUUUGGACUUAGACAGCAAGUUGGCUCAGGAGACAACAACAUUGGUAGAAUCCUACGAGUUGCCAGAUGGUAGAAUCAUUAAAGUCGGUUCUGAAAAAUUUGAAGCUCCCGAGUGUUUGUUCCAACCCCUGUUGGUGGAUGUAGAACAACCAGGUGUUGGAGAAACAUUAUUUAAUACUAUUCAAGCAGCUGAUGUCGACGUAAGAUCUUCAUUAUAUAAGGCGAUAGUUCUUUCUGGAGGCUCCUCUAUGUAUCCAGGUUUACCGUCUAGAUUGGAAAAGGAAUUGAAGCAAUUAUGGUUGACGAAAGUUCUAAAGGGUGAUGCUCUGAGAUUAAGUAAAUUCAAGGUCAGGAUAGAAGAUCCUCCUAGAAGAAGAAACAUGGUUUUUAUUGGUGGCGCUGUUUUAGCUAACAUCAUGGCGGAUAAAGAACAUAUGUGGGUUACUAAGCAAGAGUGGGAAGAACAAGGUCCACGUAUUUUAGAAAAAUUGGGACCCCGUUAA